UUAAACGGCACAGGAAGAUGGACAAAGGCUAGCAGCUCGGGGACAUUUUGAUUAAACACCAGCCUGGGUGGUCUCGAUGGCUGACUCAGGACCCCGUGAUGAUUCUCCCUCCCCUGGCUAUUGUAAACACUCUCUCCCCUGGACCCUGGCAGAGCUGUUAAGCCGGCAACCGGGUAGCAAACGGCUCAGUGUCACAUGAGAGGCCUGGCUGGAGUCACAGUGGCCCAGGAUACUAUUCUUAGCUGCAGGAAUGUACACAGUGGCCUCAUGGCGAGCUCACCAGCGCCUAACUGGAGAGCCUUGUCGUUUCUCUGUGUCAUGCUCCUUCGUUCUCCCUGACUACAACACCCACGUUCUCUCUGGACUAAUUUUUGGCACUUUUUUGGUUGGAACUGAAAUUUUUUCGGACCAGACUGACAGGAUAUCUUCGAUAUUAUUGACUUUCUGAGGGCAGGAGAAUGGCCUGUAGACCACGAGAUGUUUUCUCUUUCAAAGACUCAGAACUUCCCUCGCAACUGCUCGGCCAGCUCAACAUCCUCCGGCAGGAGCGUAUCCUGACAGACGUCCUGCUCUGCACGGAGCAUCAGGAGAUCCCCUGUCACAGGAACGUCCUGGUGUCCAGCAGCCCGUACUUCCGUGCCAUGUUCUGCAGCAACUUUCUGGAGAGCAGUCAGGCCCGUGUGAAUCUGAAGGGAAUCUCUUCAAAUGUCAUCAGCGGCAUCGUGGACUAUGUCUACACAGGCUGCAUCACUAUCACAAUGGAGAUUGUGCUCCCGCUCAUGCAGGCAGCAUCCAUGCUUCACUAUGGAGGUCUCUUUGAGGCCUGCUCGUUGUUUCUCCAGGAGCAGCUGAGUCCAGAAAACUGUCUGAGCAUGAUCCGGCUCUCUGAGAUCCUUCACUGUGAGAGUCUGAGGGAGAGAGCAAAGGAGAUGGCCGUUAGGUUUUUCUCUGAUGUAGCUGCAACAGAGGACUUCUGUGAGUUGUCUCUUCCUGAGCUCAUGUGUUACCUAGAGGAUGACCGACUUUGUGCGGAGGAGGAGCAAGUGUUUGAGACCCUCCUGGCAUGGAUCCACCAUGACCCGUUCUCACGUCGUGGUGCAAUCCAUGAUCUCUUCAAGAAAGUUCGUCUUCGCUACAUCCAUCCAACGUACCUCUUCCAGUUCAUUGCCAACGACCCUCUGGUGCAGUCCUCCACACUCUGUACGGAGAUAAUAGAGUCAGUGCGUCGCCUCAUGCUCACAGUCAGUGCUAAGUGUAGUCGUGAGCUCAAGCCGCUUUGGACCACACCACGGCGUUACACCUGCAGAGAGACACUGGUGGUGGUUGGAGGACGCAAAAACAAUGAACAAACUUCUCGAGAAGCCUUACUAUAUGAUGAAAGGACUCAUCGUUGGCAAUGGUUGGCCAAGCUCCCCCUGCGCCUCUACAAAGCUGCAUAUGUGUGUAUUCACAGCAUCCUCUAUGUGCUUGGCGGGCUCAGCCUCUGCAUGACAUCAGGCGACAGCUCAGUCAGCGCCACAGUUUACACACUCUCCCUUAAAACCAACCAGUGGAGGACUGCCGAGCCCAUGUUGGAGCGACGAUACGCCCACCAGAGUGUGUCCUAUCAGCACUUUAUUUUUGUGUUAGGAGGCAUUGGGGUAGAUAAGCGAAUCUCUCAGUCAGUAGAGAGGUAUAACAGUAUGUUUAAUCAAUGGGAGGCCAUGGCGCCGAUGCCCACAGCGGUGCUGCAUCCAGCUGUUGCAGCCAGUGAUCAGAGGAUCUAUGUUUUUGGAGGGGAGGAUGCCAUGCAGAACCCUGUCAGGCUGAUUCAGGUGUAUCACAUCUCUCGCAACUUGUGGUCGAGGCUAGAGACAAGGACAGUGAAAAAUGUUUGUGCCCCCGCAGCGGUCAUAGAGGACAAGAUCUACAUCAUAGGAGGGUACACGAGGCGAAUGAUAGCUUACGACACCAAAGCCAACAAAUUCGUCAAAUGUGAGAAUCUAAAGGAGCGAAGGAUGCAUCACAGCGCUACGGUGAUCAACAACAAGCUCUAUGUCACCGGUGGACGCAUCCUCAACAGCCACGAUGUCAUCGAGGACUCAGACUGCUUCGAGUGUUACGACCCAAAGACGGACGUUUGGACUUCAAAAGGCUCUUUGCCAUACAAGCUCUUUGACCACGGCUCUCUGCCGCUGGUCUGUGUUUCCAACAGACCCAACCCGCCGUGAUCUAUCAACCAGUACGCCACUUUUGCCGAAUGCUUAGCUGCAUGUUCUUCACCUCCCCUUUGCCAUGAUUUAUUGGCUUCUAACUACACAAAUGGGAAACCAUUUCAAAAUGACUGCAUUCCUUCACGCAGCUCAGUCUCUGUCACAACUUAGCAGCAUGUUAAGCCAGGCUGACUUUAACGUGAAUCAAAGGCGAGCUCAGCUGACGCGCAGAGGUGUCAAGUCUAACACACCUGGGGUGGAACUGAGCUGAGAACCCCAGAGAUGACAAGAGGCAGUCACACAACAAGCAGCUGUUCAGACACCUACGUAAUCCAAAAAGCUCUUUCCGCAGAUGGCUGCACUCAUUUGAUGUCAACUAAAAGUGUUAAUGUUUUAAUUUCCCUGACAUUUAUACACAGCCUAUCACUCUGUCUGGCAGCUGCAGACGACUUCUCUGUAUGGUUGUGCUAAAUCCACAAACUCUGGCAUUUUUGUAAAACUGAGAGUGACAGAUCAUACAGCUAAUAAAGUUGCACUUUAUAGAAAAUACAUUCCUCCGUGACCCACAGGCUUCAAACAGAGUGCACUUGAUGACGAGAACAAUUGUGACAGCCCAUGGACCAGCUCCUUUUGCGGUGCUCGGUAGUCUAUCAUGGUUGCUGAAAUGUUGCUAAGAAGAACAGUUUUACUGAAAUGACAUUAUCUGGGCCAACAUUAUUCCAGUUUUGUUGGCUUGAAUAUGACUUUGAGAAUUAUUCCUGCAACCCCCAACAAAGCGUGUUCUCUGAAGCAUUUUAUGAAUGUUUUGCUUGAAAAUCACAGUCCUGGAAGUAGAAUAAAAAGAUGUGAUGACUCAGAAAAGUCACUGUAAACACAAA